CUGCUUUGCAUCCGCUGUUCCUCUGCUCUCAUCAGCCUUCCUGGCAGCAAUCUCAUCAGCAUUCCUGACAGCAAUCUCAUCAGCCUUCCUGGCAGCAAUCUCAUCAGCCUUCCUGGCAGCAAUCUCAUCAGCAUUCCUGGCAGAAAUCUCGUCAGAUUCCUGACAGCAAUCUCAUCAGCGUUCCUGGCAGCAAUCUCAUCAGCUUCCUGGCAGCAAUCUCAUUAGCUUCACUCAGCUGCAGCUCUGGUUACUGAGGGACGCUCUCACACCUGGAUGUCAUCAAAUUCUCAGCUCACACAGCCCCUUAUUCA